AUGGUUGCUGAAAACUAUUCGACAUCUCAUGACCGGUUUCGCCGUUCUUGGGGCUCAUUAGGUAAGUGCAGUCCCCGAGUUUCCGUCAACCUUAUGUCCUAUUUGAACCCUAAUUGGACUGUUUGCGCCUACCUGAUGAACCCGAACUGGAAGGGCGAAACCGAAGCUGGGCUGUCAAAGAGUUUUCAUCUUUCGAAGGUCCUUCACAAGGUUGUUGAAAGUUCGUCUACAGUCCACGACCGGUUUCGUCCUUCUUGGGGCUUAUCAGAUAGGCGCAGUCCCCGACCUAUCCCAACGGGACACUCCAAGACAGGAGCUUUUGUUCAUGACACCGCCGGAUUAUUCUUUCAGUUAGAUUGUGCCGUGGGGUCGAGAUGGUUCAAGUGGUUAGAGCGUGAAUUUACUGACCGGGAGGUCCGUGGUACGAACCCGAGCUCUGCCUCUCGACAUCCCCUGUCUAGGCUUGGCCAACCUGGAGGUAUCCCAGCCCUCGUGCUUCCUUCGGGUUGCAUGGCAGCUAGGCCCCUGAGGGACUUUUGGACAGGGAAGCAAAACUCUCAUUUACAUCUUAUUCACAAAACUGGACAUACAUCUUCUCCUGAACGCGUCUUCUUGAACUGUGCUGGAUAUUCAUUGACUCCAAUCAUUCAUUGCUCAAAUCCAAGCAAACGCUACAAAGUGACUCCACAAAUUCCACAAGAGAUCUUCGUUUUCAAGAGACGCAAAACGAGUUUACAAGAACAAAACAUGCUACUCGCAUGCCUCCCCAUCAGUAGUAGUAGCACCGCCACACACCUUCACCCUUUAAAAGUCGUUCGCCUGCCAUCAAUUUCCAUUUAUCUCUGUCAGAAAAGAGAACUUUCUCAUUUCAUAAAGGAAACUACUCACAAGGUUGCUGAAAACUCUUCGACAGCCCACAACCGGUUUCGCCCUUCCAGUUCGGGCUCAACAGGUAGGCGCAGUCCCCGAGUUUCCGUCAACCUUGUGUUCUACUUGAAUCCAAAUUGGACUGUUUGCGAGAAAUACACUCAUUUGCAAAUCAAUUUGGUUUCCACGAGAGACUCAACUGAAUCUCUCUUUUAUGAUAUUCUACAACUGAAUUUGCUGCACAUAGACCGCCUGAUGAUUUACACGAUAUUCGAAAUAUCGCAGUGUAUUUUCAUAAAGGAAACCACUCACAAGGUCGGCUCAAUUGGAACACAAGGCCGACGGAAACUCGGGGACUGCACUUACCUACUGAGCCCCAAGAAGGGCGAAACCGGUCGUGGGCUGUCGAGGAGUUUCCAGCAACUUUCAAAAUCUACAAGCGAGCGAUCCUCACUGGGGACGAUACAUGUAUGCUACGAACAAAAUACCUAUCCCGAUAAAACCCCAAAACCGCAACGAAAAGUUGCCCAGCGGGUUUUAAGCGUGUGUUACUGGGAGGUCCUGACUAGCGGGUCAAUCGAUCGUCACAACCAGGACAGUUACUGGGUCGUCGUUCGAUGA